CGGGGCGGGACCUCCGCAAUCCGGAGCGACUCCGAGCUCGCGCGGCUGCAGCCCGUGGCUCCGAGCGGCCGGUACUACCGCGGGAAAGCGCAGCGCAGCGCAGGCACCUGCGGCCGGGACAGCCCGCGGGGAAGCGGGAGGCCAUGCGCGCUCCGUUGCAGCUGCUGCAGCUGGCGCUCAGCCUAGACAUUCUUCAGAAUUGCUGUGAAGCAUACAAUGUUGGGCUCCCAGGAGCAAAAAUAUUUUCUGGUCAUUCAAAUGAGCAGUUUGGAUAUGCAGUUCAACAGUUUUUAAAUGAAAAAGGCAAAUGGUUGCUUGUUGGCUCACCUUGGAGUGGAUAUCCAGCUAAUAGAAUGGGAGAUAUAUACAGAUGUCCUGUUGACUCAUCUGAAACCACAUGUGAAAAACUAAAUUUGCAAACUCUAACCAGCAUUCCAAAUGUUACUGAGAUAAAAGAAGAGAUGAACCUUGGUUUAACUCUAGUAAGAAACCCCAAAACAAAAGGAUUUUUGACGUGUGGUCCCUUAUGGGCACAGCAGUGUGGAAGUCAGUACUAUGCAACGGGAGUCUGUUCUGAAAUCAGUCCAAGUUUCCAGAUCCUAAGAAGCUUUUCACCAGCUCUUCAAAAGUGUUCCUCCUUCAUAGAUGUUGUGGUUGUGUGUGAUGAGUCUAACAGCAUUUAUCCAUGGAAUGCAGUGAGGGCAUUUUUGGAAAAAUUUGCACAAGGAUUAGAUAUAGGCCCCACAAAAACUCAGGUUGGCUUAGUUCUAUAUGGUAAUAAGCCAAGGGUACUAUUCAACUUGAAUACUUACAAAACAAAAGAUGAAGUUGUUAAGGCAAUGUCAAAUACUGAGCAAAAAGGAGGAACUUUGACUAAUACUUUCAAAGCUAUUGACUAUGCAAGGCGUCAUGCUUUUUCCCCUGAGUCGGGGGGACGGCAGGCAGCCACAAAAGUAAUGGUUGUUGUGACAGAUGGUGAAUCUCAUGAUGGUUCUGCUUUGGAAACAGUGAUAGCUAAAUGUAACGAAGACAAAAUAACCAGAUUUGGCAUAGCUGUUUUAGGAUACUUAAUCAGAAAUGAACUUGACACUAAAAAUUUAAUUAAAGAAAUCAAAGGAAUUGCUAGUCUUCCAACAGAAAAGUAUUUCUUUAAUGUGUCCUCUGAGGCUGCGCUUUUGGAAGAAGCAGGAACACUGGGAGACCGUAUAUUUAGUAUAGAAGGUACAGAUCAAGGCAAUACAUUCCAAAUGGAAAUGUCACAAGUGGGCUUCAGUGCUCUUUAUUCACAAAAAAAGGACCUUCUGAUGUUGGGUGCUGUUGGGGCUUAUGACUGGAGUGGAACUGUAAUUCAGGAGUCAUCAAACAAAGCGACAACAUUUCCUAGUCAAACAUUUGAACAAAUCCUACAAGACAGAAAUCAUAGUUCAUACCUAGGUUAUUCUGUUGCUGUUAUCUCAACUCAAGAGGCUGUUUAUUUUGUCGCUGGUGCACCAAGAUCCAAUUACACUGGCAGAGUAGUGGUUUAUGAUGUUGACAGUCAUGGCAAUGUCACAGUCAUUCAGUCCCAGAGAGGAGAGCAGAUUGGGUCUUACUUUGGCAGUGUGGUAUGCUCAGUGGAUGUUAACAGAGAUUCAGUUACAGAUGUGCUAUUAGUGGGGGCACCGAUGUUUAUGAAUGACCUAAAGAAAGAAGAAGGAAGAGUUUACAUGUUCUCCAUAAGACAGGGAAUUUUAGAUCAACGAGAACUCUUAGAAGGUCCAAAUGGGUUAGAAAAUGCUCGGUUUGGAUCUGCUAUUGCAAUGCUUUCAGACAUUGAUUUGGAUGGUUUUAAUGAUGUGAUAAUAGGCGCACCUUUAGAACACCAAAAUGCUGGAGCAAUUUACAUUUACAAUGGAAAUCAAAGGACACUUCGCACCAAAUAUUCCCAGAAAAUUACAGGAUCAGACUCUGCUUUUAGAAAGCAACUCCAGUACUUUGGAAGAUCAGUAGAUGGGCUCAGAGACUUAAAUGGUGACAACAUGACUGAUGUUUCUGUUGGUGCUGACGGAAAUGUCGUGCAACUCUGGUCACAAAGCAUUGCAAAUGUCUCCAUCGGUGCCACAUUUGCACCUGAAAAAAUCAGUCUACUGAACAAGAACACUGAGAUACUUGUUGACAUAUGUUUUGAUGCCACAUUUAGGCCUGCUAAUAGAAAUAACCAAGUGGCAAUUAGAUACAAUGCAACACUGGAUGCUGAUCUCCAGUCAUCUAGAGUGACUUCCAGAGGAUUAUUUAAAGAAAACAAUGAUAGGUAUCUGCAGAAGGAUUUUAUAGUAACUCACGAAAAGAAUUGUGUUCGGCACAUCUUUAAUGUACAGGAGCCAUCUGACGCUGUGAAUUCCCUUGGUCUGCGUAUUGACAUUGGCCUUGCAAAUCCUGGCUCUAAUCCUGUCCUUGAUGCAUAUUCUCCUGCAUCUGUAUCCUACAGUAUUCCUUUUAUCAAAAACUGUGGUGAGGAUGAACUCUGCAUCUCUGAACUUGUUCUUGAUGUUCAGCAGAAAACAGAUGAUGGCAAACAACCCUUCAUUGUGAGCAGCAAGAAUAGAAGGAUAACAUUUACUGUGAAGCUCAGGAAUGAGAAGGAAAACGCAUAUAACACCAGAAUCCUGGCUACAUUUUCAGAAAACUUGUUUUUCUCUUCAUCAUCUGUAUCAGGUGAUGGAACUGAAGUUUCAUGUCAGGUGGGCACUGCCCAGGAAUCAGUCAUUUGCCAAGUCGGCUAUCCUGUUUUUAAAGAAGGAGAAAAGGUAUCUUUUGAUAUUAGCUUUGACUUCAACCUCAAACAUCUUCAGAACACAUCAACUAUACAUUUUCAGGCACUGAGUGAAAGUAAGGAAGACCGAGAAACAGACAAUCAAGUCAGCCUAUCAAUUCCCCUGCGGUAUGAUGCUGAAAUUCACCUCACAAGGCUUACCAACAUAAAUUUCUAUGAAAUAUACUCUGAUCACAAUGUUCCUUCCACUGUGAAUAAUUUUGAAGAGAUUGGCCCUGCAUUCAAUUUUUCAGUUAAGGUUACAACAGGAAGUGUUGCAGUAAACAUGGCAUGUGUAAAAAUCCAUCUUCUAGAACUGACUAAAAAAAACAAUCUGCUGAUGUACCUAACUGCAGUGGAUACAGACCAGACCCAGGGUGUCACAUGCAGUGCAAACAUAAAUCCAUUGCAAAUAGGAAAAACACCUUAUUCAGCUUCUUUCAAGAAAGAAAACUUCAGAGCUGCAAAAGAAUUGAACUGUCAGAAUGUACAGUGUACGACAAUUACAUGCUGGCUGGGAGACCUCAGGAUGAAAGGAGAAUAUUUUGUAAAUGUGUCUGCUAGGAUAUGGAAUGGGACCUUUGCAGCUUCAACUUUCCAGACCUUACAGUUGACAGCAAAUGCAGAAAUUGAACCACACAACCAAGACUUAUUUGUAAUUGGAGAGAACACCUUAACUAUUCCAGUUACAAUAAUGAAACCUGAUGAGAAAGCAGAGAUACCAGUCGGUGUUGUGAUUGGAAGUGUACUGGCCGGGCUCAUACUGCUGUUAGCACUGGUUGCUCUUCUGUGGAAACUUGGUUUCUUCAAGAGACAGUAUGAAAAAAUGGCAAGGGAUGUAGAAGAUGUUGAUGAAAUUACAGAACUCACAAAGGACAAAGAUUGAAGAGGACACUAAUGGGGAAUACAGGACUAACCACCUGAACCACAAAGAGUGGUUGGAAUCCAAUCAGUUUUUCAACUGGAGGGUCUUAAAGAUGAAUAACUAUUGAACUUGUUUUUCAUGAAAACAUUUUAAAUUUUUUUUAACGAUGGAAAUAUUUUACAGAUGAUACUUUAUUGUAAAAGCAACUGCAGGUCAGUUUUUCUUUUUCAAAAUGAUUGAUAGUGUUUUCUUAUGUAUUGUCGUCCUUGCAAAAAAAAAUAGCCUUGGGGACUGGCACAUCCAGUAACAUUGUGCAAGGAAUUUUCCUCCUGCUCCAUAAAGCAAAAUAGAUUUCAGAUCACUGUUCAGUUCCUAAUUUGGUUGGCUGAUCAGUGCCGUAUAUGAAUAGGCCUCUGGUAAAAUGACUUUUUAAAAAUUUAGUUAUCUAAAAGAUCUAGACAAUGAAUGCAUGAUGAAUAUUGACUUAGGACCAGGGAAACAAAAAAAAAUCUCCAUUUACCAUUGACUAACUACAUUCACUUUCUUUUGGAGAAAUGGUUGAUGUGCCGCAGCAAAUCUGAAUCUUUUAUCUGUAAAGUUACAGGUUGAAUGUCUCAUAAAAUGGGCCUUGUGUCCUGAUUUGGCACAUGAUAAUUCCAGUCUGUGCAUUAUGAACAUUUGAAUGGGUAUGUCACCCCAAAAUGUGUCUCUGUUCUUUUCACUAAGAUUACAAGAAUUAAACUGUGAGAGCGUACUGCACUGGAAAAGUAUUUCUAAAUGGGACAUGCUUCCACCUAGUGUUUCCUUGCACGUAUUACCUCUUUUUAAAGAAUGAGGAACUGAGCUGGAAAACCUACUGUGACUUGCUCUCCUGUGAUACAGCGGGGGUUUCAAAUUCUUAACUGGCAAGAUGGACCAUCAGGACACUGAAAUUUGAAACUGAAUCUUCAUGUUCUAUUGUUCACUAUCUGAAAAAGGGGAAGAGCCAGAGGCCUCUGAAUUUACAUGGCUUUCUGUUCUCUGUCCAGAAAGCAAACUGGUAGUGAAACGUUUUACAUGGAUUCAUAACUCUUACUGUCCAACUGACAGUAAUGGGGCUACUCAGCUGAGAAGGACAUUUAUCAUCCCACCCUUAUUUCAGUAGUGGAUAAUAGUGCAGGAGUAAGAACAUGAAGUGAAUUAUAGGGGAGAAAACAC